CGACUCAGGAAUCUUUUAUUACCAUUGAGAUGCUUUACUCUUUGUUUUUCAGUUGUAAAUUGUUGCAACGUUACAUUUUCUUGUGCUUGGGGUUUUCUUGUUUUUGUAAUGUAGGUGUGUAAUGUUAUCGUAGAAGUGGAUAAUACGGCGUGGAUAGCGGGCGCGUGCGCGUGCGUAGCCCUGCUCGUGUGCGGAGGCGUGGCGUUGUUGGUAGUACGACGCAUGCGACGCCGCCCCGCCCCCGCUCCGUCCACCCCCGCCACCUGUACCUCCCGCCCAGUACGCGUGCAAGACUUCAUCGACCACUACCGCCUCAUGUCCGCGGACUCGGACUUCAGAUUCAGCGAAGAAUUCGAAGAGCUGAAGCACGUGGGUCGUGAGCAGCCAUGCACUGCGGCGGACCUGCCGUGCAAUAGACCCAAGAACCGAUUCACUAACAUCCUGCCUUACGACCACUCACGGUACAAGCUGCAACCGGUCGACGACGAGGAGGGCUCCGACUACAUCAACGCUAAUUACGUACCUGGUCACAAUUCACCUAGAGAGUUCAUCGUCACACAGGGACCGCUGCACUGCACUCGUGAUGAUUUCUGGCGCAUGUGCUGGGAGUCAGGAUCGCGGGCGAUUGUGAUGCUGACGCGGUGCGUGGAGAAGGGCCGCGAGAAAUGCGACCGGUACUGGCCGUACGAUACACGGCCCGUGUAUUACGGCGAUAUCGCCGUCACCGCCCUCAAUGAGUCCCGUUACCCUGACUGGACCAUCACAGAGCUGAUGGUGUGUCGUGGCGCUGAGCAACGAGUGCUCAAACACUUCCACUUCACCACUUGGCCGGACUUCGGUGUGCCCGAUCCGCCCACAACGCUCGCUAGGUUCGUGCGUGCGUUCCGCGAGCGUUGUCCGGCGGACGCGCGUCCGGUGGUGGUGCACUGCAGUGCGGGCGUCGGACGGUCCGGAACGUUUAUAACGCUGGACCGCGCGUUGCAACAGUUGGCAGCGCAUGCAGAGUACCUGGACAUCUUUGGCAUGGUGUAUAGUAUGCGUCGCGAACGUGUCUGGAUGGUACAAACCGAGCAGCAGUACAUCUGCAUCCACCAGUGUCUGGUGGCCGUGCUCGAGGGACAGGAUCUGCAGCCGCCGCCCCAUCACAACCACCACCACAACCCCGCCUUCGAAGAUGACGAAGGCAUCGCGGAGUCGGGCAUGUGAGGGCAUUCACCCUCAGCCCGAUGUCGAAGAGUACUUAAUCUUAACACUGGACGAUGCGACGAUACCUCGUGAAACGACUCGCCCAUCAAAUGUGAUAGUCAUAAGUUUUUACUGGAGUAUUUUUUUUUUUGUAUAAAUGUAUAUUUAAUGUUGUAAACCUUUUUAAUGUGUACAUAGAUCGAGAUAUAUUAUUGUUAAGUUUGAUAUCGUCUGACGAUCAACCCUCGCCGAGUCUCCGACGAGUCGCGUCUCACGGACCGCCUGCAGCUAUUUAAAUGUUUCCGUUUCACUUGAAAUAAUCGUCUUCAUUUGUGUAAAUAUUCUAUAUUCCUUUAUACCUCUGCUCUAUGCGACAUAAUAGGACUUCGUGUUAAAUAAACGGCUUACCCGAGUACGUCGACUGCCCCAUAGUAUGGAACGUUUUUUAACAAAAAUUGUUUAUUUGAAUAAUGUUGGAAACUAGUAAGCGCCUAUACACAAUUAAAAAACGCCAGCCUUAAAAUGUGCCUCACAUUGGUGAGGCAUGAAACCAUUGAUACUCAAUAAUUGCACGUUUUACUCUCUCUCAACUAUUUUAAAUUCUAGCAAACCACUUCAAUAUUUCAAUACCUACCAAGUUUCAGAAUAAUCUACUUCAUGUUUAUGAGACUACUAUAAAAUUUAUUUUACUUAGUUUUGAAAUGGGACAGCCUACGUAUUCAGUUGCCAAUGGGACAGUAUGAAUACAGUGCUAUGAGUUUCUGUACUCUGUUCAUAGGGUAUCCCAAAAACAGAUAAUGAUAAAAGUAUAUGAGUGUUAUAAUCAAACGAUAAAUAUCGCUGUCCAUAGAACUCUGUGAUCCGCGAUCAUUACUAGUUUUGUUGUACGAGACGCUACAAGUCGCUGACCUCAACCCGUACAAAACCCAAUACUUCGCAGAUAUUAUCCAAGGGUGUGAAAUAGGGAUUCGUAUCGUUUAUUUUAAUGUUCACAUAUACUUUGGGUCGAUGCUUGAUUUCUUUGCCUGCCCUGGGAAUAGACUAUAGCACUCGCGCAUAUAUAGGAAUCGCCUAAGUUUAUGAGUCUAUACUAACAUCGCAUGUAAUCUACUCGCACACACCUUCCUCUCUACAGACGGCCCAUAAAGUACGGUAAGUGUGAUCAAGAGGAAACGCUGGCGUCCUGAAUCUCGGCGUUUAAUUAUAGAAAGUGAGACCGAUUCGUCGUUUCGCUUCCGUCCCAAAAAUGCAGGAAUUUGCCUGCCUUUUAAUGGAUCCGAAUUAUGCGCAGAAUGUUUACUCGGAUCUACCAUUUAACUGUUUGUAUAUUUAACUCUGACAUUCCUCGUGAUCGUACUUAAUAUUAUUCAUUAAGGUAAAUGUAGUUUUUAUAUUCCAAGGAUCAUUUUCAUUGAGUCAUUCUUGGAUUAAAAAGACCUAAGAUACAACAUUUAACGCUUUGUUCAAUUAGUGAGAAACAAGAUAGUUUUAUUAAAAGGAAAGUAAAAAAUAAUGAUAAGUCCGACAUAUUCGCAACUCUAUUACUUCUAUGCUGCAAGUCAGUCACUUGAAUUCAUUUUCGAAACUCGAAUCAGAAGUCAUUAUUAGAACAGUUGGUGAUGGUAAGGCAAUUAUUUGUGGACAGGAAAAUAUCUAAAGCCAUGUUUAAAUACGUUUUAGUAUGGAUUUUUUGUUUGUAUCUUGGGUUUUUUAAACAAGGGAGCCAUGCUAUAUAUUUUUUGAAUUUAUACAACUAAUAUUAUCGAUGCGCGACUAACAGGUAUGUCGAAUAGGUACCUAAUUUUUUUAUUAAUCUGACAGUACAUAGGUUUCUAUUCAGGUAGGUAGGUCUUUUUAAAUUUUAGGUAUAGAUUGGAUUUUUCGAUCAGUCAUUCUACUACACAUUGUUAAUAAAUACAUUUUAAUUGUUAUUUUUUUUUCCGAAAAAUAAAUACCUUGUCAUAUUUACAAUCGCUCAAACAACAAGAUAAAUUUAUAUAUAUAUUUUUAAUAAACAUGAAGAUUAAUGGUUAAUGAUGUCUUUUAUUUGAACAAUAAUCUGAAAUAUUAUAUGCACAAUAAUUUAUCCUGACAAUCCACUAGUUAUUAAGGAAAAAAUUGGCUCUUACUCUUAAAAAAUAAAUUAUACAGUGGAGUCUCCUAGUAUCGGCCCUCAUAAUAUUGGCAUUUUCGAGGAAAUGGAACUAUAAGAAUGGAAUAGA